CCUAAUUUCACCCCUAAACCACUGAAUGCAAUCUUGAUAGCAUGAAUUUUAACGAAACUGAGGGUGAAGAAGCCCAUACUCGACGAAUCUUAUAGCUUUGGGUUUGUUUGAUAAGACUUUUCGGGUCUGGGAUGUGAAAACUGGUAAGACGAAUCAUGUGAUUCGGGCGCAUUCGAUGCCGGUAACUUCGGUUCAUUUCAAUAAAGAUGGGUCGUUGAUUGUUUCGGGUAGUCAUGAUGGUUCUUGUAAGAUAUGGGAUAUGACAUCUGAGGUUUGCCUUAAGAGCCUUAUUGAUGAUAAGAUUCCUGCAGUUUCUUUCGCCAAGUUUUCACCUAAUGGCAAAUUCAUUCUUGUUGCCACCCUUGAUAAUGCUCUUGUGAAAACAGCUCAAUCAGCAAGACCAAGCUCACUUCUUCUUCUACUCCUCUCAAUUUCAUGGCUCUCCAGCACUCGGCUUUUGGUACACUAACAACUUCAGCUCAAAUGAAGUUGGCUUUUAGCAGUUUCAAAUGCUACGACCACUUUCGUCCUAUUAGUGUCUCAAGGUCGAAGCAGCUUCCUCAGAGAAUUCUUGGCAAGUAAUUCCACUUUUCUA